ACUAUAUAAAAGGCGUCUCCUCAAUUUCGAUUUUAUAACGGAAUACACAGUGAUCAGCAUCAUGAAGGCUCUGACUGCUACACUUCUCUGCGUGCUCGCAGUGGCUGCAUUUGCUGCACCCCCGAAUUCUUUGCAUGAUACUUUCAUCCCCAUCGUAGCUUUGCAGCAGGACGGACCAAAUGCUGACGGUUCAUACAGCUACGGCUACCAGACCGGAAAUGGCAUCCAAGCACAGGAGCAGGGUCAGCUUUUCAAUAUCGCCAAAGACGAGGACGCUCUUCGCGUUCAGGGAUCUUUCAGCUAUACUGAUGACAACGGCAGUCCCAUCAGCCUGAGCUACAGCGCCGAUGAAGCUGGUUUCCAUCCUCAGGGCGAGCAUCUGCCAGUUGCACCUCCGAUCCCCUCUGCUAUCCUGAGAGCCUUGGAGUACAAUGCCCAGCAUCCCGAGGAAGACAAUCUGUAGAAACAUCAUAGUAACAUACAGACCAUUUAGACUGAAAUUUACCAGUGAUCCUUCGAUCUUAUAAUCGUUAGUAUCGUGCAAAAUUAUGUAUAUCUCCUACUGUUGAUAUAAAAGUACGCGAGGCGAUGAAAUAUAAUACACUUAUUUAGAUG